UGGAUCGAUUAAGUUCGUUAGGAAGUGUGCUUUUUGGGGUGUCAUGGAACCCGCGGGGAAUGGAGGACGAUGGGAAUGGAGAUGUGAUUCACAAAUUAACGCGAGAAGAAUACAAUGAACCAAUCCAAGAUGCCUAUGUGGAGUCAAUGGCACGUAUGUCAUAUGCGGAACUCGAUGACAAAUACAAUCCAGGUCCGACGUUACCAGAUGGAACUGUGAACUUUGAAUGUCAUUGUGUUGGUCACUUAGUCGCCAGCCCAUGCGGUCAUGAAUUUCGUGAAGCAAUAAAAUGCCAGAAAAGUGCUGGAGAAGCAGCACUGGAGGAAGGAGCUUGCGCGACAGAGUUCAUGAAUUUUAUGAAUUGUGUUAUUCGAACGGGAUGCUUUAAAAGUAGACCUGAUCAUAACGAUGAUGAAGAGGAGGAAAUGGAGGAAAACGCUGAACUGGAGGAUUCUGUGCAUUCUAAUCAAACCUGAAGUAAAACUUUCGAUGGUGCCCUAGUUUCUAAUUUUUAAUGUUCUUAUUGCUUUGAAGAAUAGUAUUUCUGCUUUAAAGUUCUGUUUGGACUUCAAGUGGUUUAUGUGUUGUCCUGUUUUUGUAAUCCUUCUCACUGUUUGUCUUUUAUUUCAGUUUUUCCAAUGUUCCGAAUAUUUUAUGGUAACACUUCCAGUGCUUUAUUU